AUGUCAGUCCCUCCACCAUCACGAUCUGGUAACGCACAGUAUGAUUACCUUUGUAAAUUAUUGCUCAUUGGAGAUAGUGGUGUGGGAAAGAGUUGUCUGCUUCUCAGAUUUAGUGAUGACACUUUUACAACAAACUUUAUAACUACCAUCGGUAUUGAUUUCAAAAUAAGAACUAUUGAAUUAGAUGGAAAGCGAGUAAAAUUACAAAUUUGGGAUACUGCUGGACAAGAGAGAUUUAGAACUAUUACAACAGCGUAUUAUAGAGGUGCUAUGGGUAUUAUGUUAACUUAUGACGUUACUGAUGAACAAUCAUUCUUGAACAUUAGAAAUUGGAUGAAAAAUAUAGAAGAACAUGCAGCUGAUAAUGUCAAUAAGAUGUUGAUCGGAAAUAAGUGUGAUUUAAUCGAAAAGAAAAUUGUGGAAACAGAAAGAGGACAAUCAUUGGCCAAGAGUUAUGGAAUUCCAUUCAUGGAAACCAGUGCUAAAAACAAUAUUAAUGUGGAGGAAGCUUUCUUUACUAUUGCUAGAGAAAUUAAAUCCAGAUUAAUUGAUUCUGGAGAAGUAGAACCAAUAGUCGAAGAUAGCUCUCCUUCAAACACUAAAAAGUCAACUGAAGAAGAAAAGCCAAAAACAUCCAACUCUGGUACUGUUAGAAUUGAUCAAAAUCAAAAUACAUCCAACGAAAAGAAGAAGAAAUCAUGUUGUGGAUAA